CUCUGGUGUGCUCGUGUGUGUUUUGAGAGAGAGAGAGAGAUAGACAGAGGGAAGAGAAGCUGGAAAUCCCGCUAGUAGCCUAAAGCAUAGGCAAGUCGGUGCACAUUUUUUGACCUAACAUAUCUGAACCCGCAAUAUUUUCUGGGAAGCUUACAAAGAGCCAAGGGUUAUGGGUCGACCCGUGCAUCACUAACCUGCAUGUGUCAGAAUAAUCUAUCAAAUCAACUACAGAUGUUAGAUCAUUUACAUCUCACACAGUCCACCCAACUCAACAAAGCUGCUGUUGUUAACUUCCUCUACACUGUGGUCUCGUGCUUCCUGUUGUGAAGAUUAGAUAAAGCUGCUUCCUGCCUAUCUUCACUCUUUGCUGUUCCUGUUGCAUUGGAAGGCCCUUGGGGAAACACCUAGAACAGGUUACAUGCUUCUAAUUACAUUGGCAAAGACAAUGAUGAAAAAUACUUUGAAUCUGUAUGCUAGUGUGUUGAAUGUUUAAGGGCCCUGGUGUUGUGUCUUGUGUCUUUUAAGUCACUGAAAAAAAUCUUUCUUAUGCUUAGUAGCAGGGAAUUUUUUUCCAUCUUACUGAGACAUGGCGAUUCACAGAGGCUGAAAUAUCAGUGCAAAAUAGGGUGACCAAUUACAGGGGCAUACAUUUACGCAUAUCGUUAAAUUGUUUAUAUCACUAAUAAUGUGUGUUAAUGGGUGUGUUAAUAGCCUUAUGUAGAAGGUAUUGUUUUCACAGGUGCAUGAUUGUCAUGGGCAUCUGUCAUUAUAUCAUAAGCAGCAUUUCACUGCUGGGGUUUGUUGCCAUGGCACUCAACAGACAUUCCUGCUUGCCAGUGACAUGUCUUAAUUGUAACAAAACUAACCUGAGCAACAGCUUAGACAAGAGUUGUCUUGGUCUGUGUGAGGGUGCCUCACAUUCCUGCAUCAAUGUUUCAGACGCUCUUCUAGCCUGCAUGAAAGAUUUCCGAGUGUGGCUGAACACCUUUUCGACUGAGAUCAACAAGGGGGAUAACUUCACAGUCACCUGCGAGCACAACCUCACUCUAGACCACAUUGAAGAAUUGAUUUGGCUUAAGGACAACGAACGUGUUCCUCGUCAGAACACACGCCAGUUGACCCUUGAGGACCUAAUCAUAAGUGUCACAGUGUCCUGCAAAAUACACAGUCAUUGUGGUGACUUCAUCUCAGGCACCAUGAAGAUUGAUGUUUCAGCAUAUGGGUCGCUGGGAGCUCCAGGCAGCGGCAAGGCGGUGUUGGUGGUGUUGCUGGGGGUGUGUUGCGUGAUUGCUGUUGCUCUGAUCGUUUUUAAUCGGGAUGGUGGUAAGGGUCAGGAUCAUUCGCCUCAGACUAGGACAUUUCAUAAAUUACAGCCGCAGUUGAGAAAAAAGGGAUUCAAGCAACAUGACAUGACACGAACAUGUAGCCGGGUCGGACGUCAGGGAGGGAUGUCAGUGUCAGUAGGGAUGUCCCUGAAUUUCUCCUCUAAAGUUGUGUUUCCCUUUCCAAGUUUGUGCAAUUUCCGUGUGUGCAUUUGUAUUUUCCCACACCUCUGCAGAUCCAGGUUCGGUAGUAGGGGGCAGGGGGUGUGCUGUAGGGAGGCCUGAGUUGGUUCCUACAUUAGGGAUUUCUUAAGUGCAUAUUACAAUUCUAAUGCUACUGUGAUUUCCAGACUGUCAGCCCCACUUCCCCGUUUUAAGAUGAUGGUAUGAUUUGUGUCUGUCAUCACGCAUGAUUGGUCGCAUGGCACAUAGAGCCAACUCGUUUGCCACGCUAAUGUCGUGUAUGUGUAGUGAGAGGCUACUUAGCUAGCAUCCAGGAUGUAUUCUGGUUUUAAAUGCGAGCCUUUAGCUCAGUCUAAGUCAGGGGUUUUUAACUGGUUUUGUCCCAGGGACCACCAUUCUGACUAGAAAGUAAUUCGCGGCCCACUGAUGUGCCUGCGUCUUUGUAACCGCCGCCGCCACGCCCCCUCCCCCCGCACAGAUAUUCUGCCUAUAACACUUAAAUAUGUGCAGUUAUCAGGUUAGAUCACUAACCGCCGUCGCCACGUCCCCUUCCCCCGCGCAUAUAUUCCACCUGUAGCACAUGUCAGUAUAAAUUAUUCAAUAUUUUUCACGAUAUUCAAGAGUAAUCUGGAAAUGUGUUGAAAUAUCAAAGCAAAUUUAUAAAAAUAAAAAAAUUCAAUGGUGAUGUUGCUGACCCUCUGCAAUGCCGUCACAGACCCCCGGUUGAAAACCCCUGGUCUAAGUAAUUUGCUUCAUUGUCGUGUGUGUCUCGAGUCUUGUUAUUAACGUGGUUAU